AUGGCCUUAUUCCUGGAGUUGCUGUUCCUGGCUCUUGUGUUGCUUCCAUUCUUUCCUGCAAAUGGACAGGAUCCAUCCUUUCCUGCUUUGUCAACUACUCGAACACAAGUCCAAAAAGAGAUUGUAGAUAAACACAAUGAACUAAGGAGAUCAGUCUCUCCACCUGCCAGCAACAUGCUAAAGAUGGAAUGGAGCAGAGAAGCAGCAGCAAAUGCCCAAAAAUGGGCAAACAAGUGCACUUUAGAACACAGCAAUGCAAAGGACCGAAAAACCAGUACAAACUGUGGUGAGAAUCUCUAUAUGUCAUCUCACCCUAAGUCAUGGUCAGCCCCAAUCCAAAAAUGGUAUGAUGAGAAGGACAAUUUUAUCUAUGGUAAGGGAGCAAAGACUGCUGGUGCAGUUGUUGGACAUUAUACCCAGGUUGUCUGGUACUCCUCUUACCACGUUGGAUGUGGAGUUGCCUAUUGUCCCAAUCAAGAUAUUCUGAAAUAUUACUAUGUUUGCCAAUAUUGUCCUGCUGGUAAUCAUCUUAACAAGAUAAAUACACCCUACCUAGAAGGAAAGCCUUGUGCCAGCUGCCCUCAUGACUGUGACAAUGGACUAUGCACCAAUGUUUGCAAGUAUGAAGAUAAAUAUCAAAACUGUAAUGAUUUGAAGAAAACACUAUCCUGUGCCCAUAGUCUUCCCAAGGACAGUUGCAAGGCUUCCUGCUAUUGUAAAGAUAAAAUUUAUUAA